AGAAAGGAGAUAAUGUUUCACACGAGUGAAAUUUUUCCUACUAAAUAGUCUACCAAAUAUUUUUGCCUAGACUUGCUUCUAGAUGUCCAUACUUGAAGUUGUUGUUUUUGAGCUUAUUUCUGCGUUGUCUGAGGUGUGCAAGGCUGAUUGUUCUUUUGUUUGGGUCUUAAAUUGUCAUGGAAUUUAUAUUAAACUCUGGUUUGGAACUACCUUAAUUUCUGAAAAUUUCCAGCUCAAUCCGUAUGUAAUUGAUUUGAAUUCUGGCAGCCUGACCUGGGAGUAGUAUUAUGUACAUAACUUCUUGUGUAGAUGUUGGAUUUAAGCCACUCCUGGUUUUAUAGAAAGCUAAGAGAUAGUGUUAAUUUUCCGGUUAAGCAUUCAAACCAGUUCUGCCAUGUCCAAGGAGAAAAUUUGAUUGUAAUCUUUAUGUUUAGAAUCUGACCAGUAUUUUGCCCUUUUAUUCAGCUGUUUUUGGUCUGUUUUGGGCAGAUCCUCUAUUUUGUAAGCCUGGAUUACGACUCUUGGUAGCUGUAGUUCAAGUUAAAAUGAUAUUUAUCUGCUUAAACAUGAUUUGAUUAUUGAUUAACCUUGGGUUGUGGUUUGGAGUGUCUCUACACCCUAAACUCUGGUAAGAAGUUACAUCAGCAUGAGGUCCUCCCGUGGACUUAAAAUGUGGUGAAUUACAUUUCAAUUUGUUGAUGCUAGACUUAAGAAAAAUAGCAGCCUUGUUACCUUUUGAAAUUAACUGCAAAAUUAUGUUCUUGUCACAGUUUGGUUAGGUCUUUAGGCAAAAUGUAAUUGCUGUUCCAUAUCAGUUUCUAGCUUUACCUUGUUGAUUUUCAAGGUAAAUUAUGUUACCUGAAGCUUUUUUAUUUACUUUGAUGAGAUAGUAAUUCAGUUAGUUCCUGUUAUCUGCCGUUGGUGAGAAUUUUUGAAAUUAAUCUUUACUCACUAUGCUCUUAAGACCUUGUUUGAAACUUGGUCCCUUGUGAUAGUAUGUUUGGUUUUGGUUGUGGCAGGAUGUAUAAGGUCUUCCACAUUAGGUCUGUUUGUUGAGUAUCCAUUUGGGCAUUCAUAUAUGAAUGCAAACAUAGACAUACAUGAGCAUAUACAUGCAUACAUGCAUGCACACAUGAGCAUUCAUGCAGACAUGCAUGCACACAUGAGCAUUCAUGCAUGCACACAUGCGCAUUCAUGCAUGCGCAUAAAAGCAUUCAUUCAUA